UCCCUGCCAGCAGGGGUCGGUAAUGUCCGUCAGUGGGAGAAGAAAGGAAGCAGCGAGUGUGUGUCAGCCUCCAGCAUCAUCACUCCACCAUCCCUUCUCUCAGUCGACUCCUCCUAACUGUCGGCAUCGCUCUGCUACGCCCUGAAACCCGCCGUCAGUAUGUCUGACAAGAGUGAGCUAAAGGCUGAGCUCGAGAGGAAGAAGCAACGUAUCGCCCAGAUUCGGGAGGAGAAAAAAAGAAAAGAAGAAGAGAAGAAAAAGAAAGAUGGCGACACCAAGCGUGGAGUUGACAUAGGAGGUGGUUCCUCAGCCGGUCAUGAAGACACUGAUCUGGAGCGAAAGAGGAGAGAGGCAGAGGCGCUGCUGCAGAGUGUUGGCAUCACACCUGACAUACAACAUGCUCAGCCCCUGCGGGUAGUAACAGAAGAUACAUGUCUGUUUCACUACCUAGUCCCCGCCCCCAUGUCUCCCUCCAACAAAUCAGUGGGCAGUGACGCGGGAAGUCAAGAUUCUGGAGAUGGAAACGCCGGACCAAGGACAUUGCAUUGGGAUCCUGACCCUUCUACUCUGCAACUACACUCCGACUCUGAGCUGAUUGGGCGCGGAGCUGUGAAGCUGACCAUGUCCAAACUCACCCAGGUGGACUUCCUCCCCAAAGAGAUGGUGUCCUACUCUAAAGAAACGCAGACGCCCACAGAAACACUGACACAUGCUGAUCAGAAAGCAGAAGAAGACGAGGACGAGGAGAUCACCGCUCCUCCACCUGUGGAAGAAUCACAAGAAGAGAAGGAAGAGCAGCGUGAACAGGAGGAGGACAUUCCAAAGGAGCUGACGGAAGAAGAGAAGCUGCAGGUUUUACACUCUGAAGAAUUCCUGUCGUUUUUCGAGCGUGGCAGCAGGAUAGUGGAGCGAGCCCUGGCCGAACAGGUGGAUGUGUGCUUCGACUACAGCGGGAGGGAUCUGGAGGACAAAGAAGGCGACCUGCAGGCAGGUGCCAAGCUGGUUCUCAACAGACAGUUUGCAGAUGAGCGCUGGACCAAAAACCGAGUGGUCACUUGUUUGGACUGGUCGCUGCAGUAUCCGGAGCUGCUGGUGGCUUCUUAUAACAAGUAUGAAGACGCUCCUCAUGAGCCUGAUGGAGUGGCCCUGGUUUGGAACUUGAAGUACAAGAAGGGGACGCCUGAGUACAUCUUCCACUGCCAGUCAGAGGUGAUGUCAGCUGGGUUCGCAAAGUUUCACCCCAACCUGGUGGUGGGCGGAACAUACUCCGGGCAGAUCGUCUUGUGGGACAACAGGAGCAAUAAGCGCACUCCCGUCCAAAGAACUCCGCUGUCCGCUUCCGCGCACACACAUCCCGUCUACUGUGUGAACGUGGUGGGAACCCAGAAUGCCAACAAUCUGAUCAGCAUCUCCACUGACGGCAAAAUGUGCUCCUGGAGUCUGGACAUGCUUUCACAGCCGCAGGACAGUCUGGAGCUGGUGUUCAAACAGAGCAAAGCAGUGGCCGUCACCUCCAUGGCGUUUCCCCUGGGAGAUGUCAACAACUUUGUGGUGGGGAGUGAGGACGGUUCCGUCUACACUGCCUGUCGCCAUGGAAGCAAAGCUGGAAUCACUGAGGUGUUCGAGGGUCACCAUGGUCCCGUCACCGGCCUGAGCUGCCACAGUGCUGGAGGUCCGGUGGACUUCUCGCACCUCUUCAUCUCCUCGUCGUUUGAUUGGACAGUCAAACUCUGGAGCACUAAAAGCACCCGCCCACUCUACUCUUUUGAGGACAGUUGUGACUACGUCUAUGACGCCAUGUGGUCUCCCACACACCCGGCUCUCUUUGCUUGUGUGGACCUGGCUGGACGCCUGGACCUGUGGAACCUCAACAAUGAUACUGAAGUUCCCACUGCCAGCGUGUACGUGGAGGGGGCUCCAGCUCUGAACCGUGUGAGGUGGGCUCACUCUGGGAAAGAGAUCGCCACUGGAGACUCGGAGGGACAAGUGCAGGUCUACGACGUUGGCGAGCAAAUCUGCGUGCCCAAGGCGGACGAGUGGACGCGCUUCGUCCGGACUCUGGCUGAGAUCAACGAGAACAGAGACGAGGCCGAGGAACUGGCCAAAGCUUGAUGUGCCGAACGCUAGCUCUCUCCUCAGUUCACUCCUUCAGAGCACCACAGAACAACACUCCGACCCGAGCAGAUGAGUGAGGUUUAGCUUGUAGAUGGUAAAUUUUGUGUAGCAGUUUGGAAAACAACUCCUUCUUGAUCAGUUCAAAAAGCCCUUUUUCAUUCGAAAUAUGCACCUUUUUUACUCGCCACUGAAGUGUUUCUCCAUUCGAUUGCUUCCCCAACACUUGAACCGACGACGUGUUUCUGCAGCAACAAACCCAGACAAGCAUAUCUGCUCCUAACUUGAACAAUUGACUUGUAUUUGCUGACCUUUAAAACCACUACAAUAUUUAUUUAUUUAUUCCAGUGGUGGCACUUCACAGCUUUGUACUAACAGUAGCACAAUCCUGACUUCAUCACUGCAAGCUUCUCUAGCCUUCCUGUACCAAAGGUCAUCGUUUUAUACUGUUUGACAAAUAGUAGAAAACUAUUUCCUCCACUGUUACAGAGCGUUUGUAUUUUAGUUUUCACUUGGAAAAUGAACGCAGGUCCACUCCAUUUGUUUACAGGGAACAUUUGUUCAGUACUAGUACUUAUUUUAACUGUCUUUUCUGAAUCACGUAUAGCAGAGACAGUCGGUAUGCACUACAUGGUGAAGUUUAUUUGAAGUGUCUCAUGUGACACAUGACGGCUGUCUGGUCCUGAACUGACAUAUCGAGUCUUGGCUUGUCUAUAUGACUUAACAUGGCUGAGCUGUAUUCUCUGUUAAGGGCAGCUGGAGCGACAAAAAACCUGAUUUCCAGAGGUGGUCAAGCCCUUUUUUUCGUUCUUUCUUUUCUUAUGGACAAGAUAUGAAUGAGCAUUCAGUGUUUAUUCAACAGAGCUGCUCUCUUCCAGUUCAAUAGAAUUGAAACUGAGAGUGCAGUGAUGUGGAAACUGGAUCAGAUUUGUUGAAUUUUCUGAAAUUUGAUUUGAAAAUUUCACUUAUAUAGACAUAAAUAAGGUUUGUUUAAUGCAACCACUGGAGGCAACGCACAGUAUUUUCAAGGUCAUUUUGGCUUCAGCUCUGGAUGAUGACCCGAAUUUAGCACUAAAAAUGAAUCACUUUCCACUGUUGCCUCCGUCUUUCAAGCUUCUUUUCAUGAUCAUUCACCCAGAUUGCAGACAGAAGCUUUGUCAUACACAGGGUCAGGGAGUCAGUCACUGGCUGCCUGAGACUAGGAGUCAAGUUGAGGCAUCUCUUAGGAUGGUCACCAUUCAGGCCAAGUGAGUUCAGUACCAGAUGGAGAAUGCAGGACAGAACAGUGCUACGGUUUGGUAUUAAUUUGUAGUUGACUCAAAACUUGACUCAUAACUCUUAAAAUAAAGCUCUUAAGAACAGCGUGCAAAAAGCAGUCCCUUCUGUUUGGUGCCGCCCUAGUGGCGUGCUUAAAAACUGUCACUGCAUUGCUGUAUUUGAACUGUGGACCGAUGUACCUUCUUGUUUUGGGGUUGUGGGCACGUGGACUGGACCUCACCACUACUGAUCAGGACAAAAACGCUGGUGCUGCUUUUCCAGUGAAAUAAAAGUCAUUCAAGUCAAAUUAAAACCAUAUGGAUGAUUUAUUUCAAUAAAAUACAGUAACUGG